AUGCCUUUGGAAGCAUCAACCUCCGCGGCAGUGUCGGCGUCGGCGGCCGCCGCGCAGCGGCCGCGGCCCCUGCUGCCGCCCGCGCCCGUCCUGGUGCUCUUCAGCGGCGGCGCAGACUCGACGCUCCUGGCCGCCCUCGCUGACGAGGCGCUCCCCCGGGGCGCCCCCAUCGACCUCUGCAACGUCUGCUUCGACGGCGGGCAAUCCCCUGACCGCCUGGCGGCGCGCGACGCGCUGCUGGAGCUCGCGGCCCGCGCGCCGGCGCGGCCGUGGCGGCUGAUCGAGGCGGACGCGACCCUGGCUGACGUGGACGCGGCGCGCGCGCACCUGCUGGCGCUGCUGGCGCCGGCUGGGACGGUGAUGGACCUGAAUAUCGGGGCGGCGCUGUGGCUGGCGGCGGGCGGGGAGGGGCAGGUCGUGACGCCUGAGCAGGUGGCGGGAGACGUGGCCGCGGCGGCGGCGGCAGCAGCGGCAGCAGCAGAAGCAGCAGCAGCAGCGGCGGCAGCGGCGGCGGCAGCGGAGGCGGGUGACGGGGACUGGCAGGGUGAUGCCCCAGGAUCGAGCAAAGCGGGAGCAAGCCGGCGCGAGCAACAACACAGAAACGGAUACAAGAAGAGUGCGGCUGGUGGCGAGCGACAAGGUGCCGAGGCCAUCAAGCAGCAGCAGCAGCAGCAGCAGCAGCAGCAGCAGCAGCAGCAGCAGCAGCAGCAGCAGCAGCCGGCGCCGUCCCCGCCGCCUGGCCCCCUCUACCGCUCCCAGGCCCGCGCCGUGCUGCUGGGCCACGGCGCGGACGAGCAGGCCGCGGGCUACGGCCGCCACCGCACCGCGCAGCGCGUGGGCGGCUGGCCGGGGCUGGCGGCCGAGCUCGCGGCCGACGUGGGGCGCAUCUGGCUGCGCAACCUCGGGCGCGACGACCGGCUGGUGGCGGACCGGGGGCGGGAGGGGCGGCACCCAUUCUUGGACGAGCGGGUGGCGGGCGUGCUGCUGGGCGCGCCGCUGGCGCUGCUGUUCGACUCGGCGCGGCCGCCAGGCCAGGGCGACAAGAUGGUGAUAAGGGAGGCCCUGCGUCAGCUGGGCCUGCCGCGCGCCGCCGCCAGGGAGAAGCGCGCCAUCCAGUUCGGCACGCGCAUCGGGAAGCACGCCAACGUCAGGGACUUUGGCAGCGGGCGGCGCGCCAACGCGGCGAGCGCGGGGUCGGUGGCGCUGGGGUCGCUGCCCUGGUCGGCGGUGGGGCCGCCUGGUUGA